AUGUUUGGUGGAGAGGCUUGGCGGGUCCUGUCUGCAGCGCGGGCAGAGCCUGUGGUACCACUGGCUACCCACGUCGGCAUGAAGCUCAAGCUGGCCUCGCUCACCUCGCCGCUUGUCGGCGGACCUUUGGCGGUCCAUGUCACCCACUGUGUGGUGCCGUCUGCCGGCGGAAUGGCGUCAUGGAUGCGAGCACAUGCUGAGCGACUUGCUCUCUCUCGAGCAUCGGCCAAAGACGGCGAGUGCAACCGCCCGCACUCGCUCCUCGCCCUUUGCGGCAUGCUCGCAGACUCGGCCACAUCAGUUCGUCUCGUCAUGGAUCCGCUCGACUCGCGUGCUGUACUCCGCAUUGUCGCUGUCGAGCCCAAUGUGGAUGCCCCCAGCUGGGCUCGCUGGAUCCAGGUCGGCGUCCACCCGGGCGAAGCCAAGGUCGGCUACGAAAUGCGCACGCCGCAGUUUGACGCCGGCUCCACCCUCGACCUGGUCUCGGAUCGCGACGCGGUGACCUCGUGGAUAGCUGCGCAGCGAUCAGUAUGCCAGGUGACUUCCGCCAUUCGCUCUGCGCUGGGAUUUCUCGUCCCGUCGCUUGCGCCAAAGACGUCGGCGUUAGACGAGCUGGCCUCGUUCGCUGCCCGCGACGCCGACGGAGACCAGCUGCACAUCCGGGUCGGCGCGCAGGGCAAGGUCUCACUCUCGCCAUCAUGGGCGUCAUCUUUUGCCACCUCGCAUCUGGCAACCGUCACCGCUGACGUCGCUGCCGCCGUUGUCCGGGGCGACGGCUCUUUCGAGGCCGGUCUCGCAUCCGAGUCGGCCUUCACCGCCGCCCGCGCCUACCUCUACCUCUGCACCACCCUCCCCGACACGCGCAGGCUCGAGCUCGUCGCCGACGCCGAGCUUGCUCGCAUUGACCCAGUCCGCGACGCCCAGAGCUCGCUCGCCCUUGCCGCCCGCGCCGCGGCCCGCCUCGAGAUCCUCUCCGGCGUCCAUCUCUCCCUCGCUGGCCACUCAUCCGGCACUGUCGCUGCAUCGCUCUCGUGGCACGCGCCGCUCACAACCGGACCUAUCUCAUCCCUCUCACUCACCCUCGGCGUCAUGACUUCCAUCGUCUCUGCCGCUGACAAUCUCAGCGGGUUCGGGAGCAACGCCAACGGCCACGGCUCGCAUCAGCUCCCGCUCUUGCUGCGGGCAAAGGGCCGGGCGACCAACUCGACGGCGGCAGAGGAGUUUUUUGCAGAGCUCACCACUGCGCUCCUCGCCGCCGUCGCCGUCCACGAUGUGGAGCACAAGGCGGUGUUUGGUCCACUGGUGGCGCUCGUUGAGGCCUUUGACGUCUCCCGCCCACUUCACGCCCGGAUGCUUGCAGCUAUGCUCGCCGCCAUGGCCUCGGCGCCGUCCCACGCCUGCACCGUCUGCCUCGUCCCGCUCUCGACGGAGCUCCUUUCGUUUGUAGCGAACCUCUUCUGUUCGCUGGGCGACAGCCUCCCGCUUCCGGUCCUCGGCUCGCUCCGUUCAUCCCUCCUCCAGCUGGCCAACACCCUCAUCCUGACCUCGCCGAACCUGCAGAGUACGCCCGAGACGGCGGCGCUGUACUCGGCGGCGCUGGCAAUGGUGGGCUCGGCCAAGAGUUCCCGGGUCGCCCAUCCGGCUGCGGUCACGCUCCUUGCCACCAUUGGUUGCGCCCAGCCGGCCAAGACCCGUGCCGUUUUUGACACCCUCGUUGACGUCCUUGACGAGCCGGUUGAGCCGAGUGCGCUCUCGAUGGCACAGACACUGGCGGUCCUUGACGCCGUGCUGGCCGGACUCGCACGCCUCACCGCUGUCUCGCGCACCCUCCGCCGCGGCUUUGUCGCCCAGCUCCAGGACGUCCUCUUCUCGCGCUGGUUCAUGGCUGCGCUCUCGUUCUCGACUCCGCACAAGGGCGACGAGGCGUUGCGCAAGCGGGUUACUGCUGCGCUUGCCAAUGGCCUCCUCGACACCCACGGUGCGCUGCCCGACUCGGCAGUCGCGCUCCUCUCAGCGUUUGUCCUCGAGCUCGCGUCGCGCGUGACCGAACUCAUGGCAGCGGCGACGGCGCCGCGACCCACAGGCACGCCUGCCUCGGACACCUCGCUCUCGACCUCGCUUGGCACGUUCUUCAUCGCCCUCCUCGGCGACGUCGCAGUCCGGUUUGGUGUGCCGUCGGUCUCCAAGGUUGUUCUCAACCACUAUGUGUCCUCGCUUGACACGGCGGACGACGACUCGACCUUUGCCGGGCCGAUUGUGGCGGCGCUCACCACUAUGGCACUCGCAGCCGCCCGCGCCGACUCGUCGUCGUCGGUCCUCACCGAAAUUCUCUCCCUCUUCUCGCGACUUGCACAGCGCGCAGCGCCUCGGCUUGCGCGCGCCUUUCCGUCGGCACUCUACUUGCAUGUCAUGGACGCUUUUGUCGCGCUCGGCAACGGCCUCGAUUCGGCGUACAUGCGCGCCGACCUCGGUGCCCGCCUCGUCCAGAUCUUUGUUCUCCUCGCCCGCCAGUCGCUCUCGGGCCUCACGGCCACCGACUCGGCGUCGGUGCCUAACAACCUGACCCAGUCGCAGCUCCGCGCCGCGGCUGCUCCGCUCACUCACCUCCUUCCACCGAUUGUGGCGCUUCUCUCGUCAACAACCCCGGACGACAUCCUCUUCCCGCGCAUCACCACCGCCAAGAUCUACCACUCGCUCUGGGCGUACUGCGUCCUGUUCCAGAUGCCCGAGGAGGGCGUGUGGCCGGCACCGGUCUUCGAGUCAGUCGUCAAGCUUGCCAGCCGUAUGCCUGUGCUCAUCGCUCCGGCGCUCACCCACUCGUUCUCCGAGUUUGUGGCCGAGCUCAACGACGCCAUCCUCCCGUUUCUCCCGCGUGAUGCGCCGACGACCCUCACCAUGGCGCUCGCUGCCGCCCUCCCGUCGGUGGCGCGGACCACACUCACCGCGCUCGGCACUGUCCGGGCCUUUUACCUGUACGCGGUGUACAAACUCGAGUCGCUCCGCUCGGCCUCGCUCUUCAUCAUGCCGUCGUUUGUCUACCUCGAGGACUCGGAGCUCGCCACGUCUGGCCCGCUCCACGACGCACUCAAGGCCCUCCCGCAUGUACUGCUCGCCGACUUUUUGGCGGUGCUUGCGCUGCCGCCGGCGGUGCACAGCUCGCUGAUGGCCCAGCCCAAGUGCCCAGCUCCGGCGUCGGGCCUGUGCGGAUGCAAGGCAAGGAUUGAGGAGGAGCAUGCGAUUUUUUUGGCUGCGUUCAUGGCGCACCAGUACAAGGACAUCCGCCACGUUGCUGCCGACAUUCUCCUUGCCCUUGUCCGUGGCUCGACUGCGCUGCUCACCUCAGUCCGCGCUCUCCGGUUCCUCAUGGACUUGCUCGAGGUACUCGCAGCCUCGGUCAACGUGGGCGUCUCGCCUGCGUCGGAGAUCCCGGUCACACUCCGGCCCGAGGAGCUUGCUCUCCGCCUCCCCAACCUCGACCACUCGGUCACACUCCCGCUCGACCUUGCCGCCCGCGCCGCUGUUCUCGGCAACGUUGCCUCGGUUGCCUCGGCCUGGCUCUCUGCCGGCAUGCAAGCUGCACCGGCGCAGGUUCAGGCAGUCAUCUCGGGCAUGCUCCGUGACUUUAACCGACUUGCUGGCCCGGCGCUCCCUCACCUCGACGGCCUCAUUUUGCGGGUAGGCUCGCUCACGGACCCAGUGCUCGACUCGUUGGUGACGCCCAAGGCCAGCGCCGAGCACGCACGCCUCGCUGCAACCUCGCAUCGGCAGCAGACAACAUUUGGUUCACAGCUUGUGCGCGAGUCGUACCACACCGGGCUGGUUGUCGGCAUGGUGUCGUCUGGCGUUGAUGUCGUGAGCCAUUUGCUGGCAGCAGUCGACGCCGCGCUCGCUGUCCCUGGACCGGUCCCGGGGCGGCCGGCCUGGUCCCACGACAUUGCCUCGCUCACCUACACGCUUGCAGCGUAUGUGGUGCGAGCAUGCAGCUCGGGUGAGCCGGUUUCAUCGUCGGUCCUCGACGCGCUCACUCUGCUUCCGGUCAAGGCCUUUACGCGGGCCUCGCUAGAGGUUGGCGUCUCGGCGUGGGCGUGGGUAGUCGGGUCAGAGCCAGCACUGGACGCGCUCCUCCUUGCGCGCCUGGUCGAGCUGUGGGACUGGAGCCAGACGAGCCGUCUUGGCCUCUUUGCACCCGAUCCCGAGGCUGCUGAUUCAGUCGCCGAUGCCGGCCCGCACAAGACCUGGCUCGUCUACCUCCACGAGCGGCUGACGGGCUCAGUAGCGUCUGCGGCUGCCGUGGCGGCGCUCCUGCACACGCUUGUCACUCACGCACUCCACGACCCGCUCGGUCUCUCGGUUCACCCGUCGGCGCUCCCAGCGCGGCUCGCGCUCUUGGACCUCGGGCUCAAGCUCGCGUCCGGUGCGGCGAUUCGCCGGCCGGCAGCUGGCGCGCCGUCGCUGGCGCUCACCGGCGCGUCGGGCUCGGGUGAGCUGAGCGCGGGCUCUGGCGAAUGCGAGUCGCAGGCGUCGGGCCCUGCCGCAGCUGGACAAGUUGGCGAAGUCGGCGAGUGGAGCGGUGCGGGUGUGGCGAUGUCGUCGCUCGGCGAGACCGGGUACGUCGAGUCGCCGCGGCCGGGGCCGACGCUCGAUGUUCUUGGCUCGCUUAUUCUCCGCGACGUGGUGUACAACGGGCUUCUCACCUGGUUUGUCUCGCACUCGGCCUGGUUCCGCGGCGAUGAUGAGGGCAACCACGAGGCGCUCGCGCAGCUCAUCGAAUUUGCGCGCGCGCUGCAGUCCGACGGUGACGUGCUCACCCAGCUGGUGAGUGCUCUGGAGGAGAUGCAGGGCGGCGAGGAUGCAACGACGAGCGCAAGCGUGGUUAGCGAGUUUGACGCCGCAGACGCUGCGCCGCUUGUCGACUGCCUCCCGCUGCUGUACUCGCUGCAGGACCGGCGGCACCUUGCGCUUGUGCUACUCGCGUCGGAAAUUGAGCGGUUGGCGACGUGGACCAACCCGCUGCACAUGCCUGGGCGUGCGGUUGCGGGCGCAAACGAGUUCCCCAUCCCAUCGCCGGCGGACGCACCCAAACUGUGGAAGGAGCUGGUGGAGGUGGCGUGGACGACGCUGCCGCGGCUGGCUGUCCAGUUGACAAAGCGGUUCCCGGCUGCGCUCAUCCGGCGGCAGGUGGAGGCGCUGGUGCGGGCCAAUGCUGCUGCGCUCAUCGAUGUGCCCGAGGCCAUUCCGCUGUUGGUGACCGAGGCGAGCGUGCGAGCGAACGCGCCGGCGCUCCGGCUCCUUGUCUCGUGGGCGCCGUGCGAGGCGGCGACGGCGGUGGCGCUUCUCUCGUGGAAGUCUGUACCGCCGCACAACCUCGUGGUUCAGUACGCGCUGCGUGUUCUCCGCGGCCUGCCUGUGCGCGACGUCAUCUUCUUCAUCCCGCAGCUUGUACAGGCACUCCGCGCUGAUCCGCACGGGUACAUUGCGCAGUUUCUGGCGGCGUCUGCGGCCAAGUCGUCGAUUGUGGCACACCAGCUGCUGUGGAACAUGAAGACGUAUCAGGAGAAGAACGACGAUGGCGAGUUCCUUGACGGCCUCCUCGGCCCGCUCUGCACCCGCCUGGAGGAGACCAUCCUGGGCAACUUUACGGCGGAGCAGGAGCAGUUCUACCAUGACGAGUGGUCGUUCUUUGAGGCGGUGACCCAGAUCUCGGGCGUCCUUGUCCCGCUCAAGUCGAAGCCCGAAGAGCAGCGGCAGAAGCUUUACGACGAGCUGGACAAGAUUGUGGUGGGCGAGGGCCAGAAGCUGUACCUUCCAUCGGACGUGACACAGCUGGUUCGCGGCGUCAAGUACCGGUCGGGAGUGUGCCUCAAGUCUGCGGAGAAGGUGCCGAUUCUCAUCACGUUUGCGGUGGAGGAGUCGGACGAGCUCUUCAACGAGGGCCACGAGUCCGAGUCCGAGUCGGACGAUGACGACGUCGGCGACGUUGGUGGGCAGGGGUGGGGCGAGAGCUCGUCUCAGGCCUCUGCGAGCGAUCGCGGUGAGAGUCUGGCGCUGAGCGGGGCAGGUGGUACGGCGGGAGGCGCACCGUCGCUCCGCUGGCAGGGCUGCAUCUUCAAAGUCGGUGACGAUGUGCGGCAGGACAUGCUCGCGCUUCAAGUCAUCAAGCUCUUUGACGCGCAGUUUAAGCGGAUUGGGCUCCCGGUCUACCUCUACCCGUACAACGUGGUGGCGACCGGGCCCGGAUCUGGCGUCAUCGAGGUGGUGGCCAACGCCAAGUCGCGCGACGAGCUCGGGCGAGCCAACGACAUGCCGCUCAAGGAGUACUUUAUCUCACGGUACGGGCCGGAGGACUCUGCCGACUUUGCGGCGGCGCGACACGAGUUUAUCGCGUCGACGGCCGGGUACUCGGUGGCGUGCUACCUGCUCCGGCUUGUUGAUCGCCACUCGGGCAACAUCAUGCUCCUGGGCUCGGGUCAGAUGGUUCACAUCGACUUUGGCUUUAUUGGUGGGCUCUCGUCACCCGGCGGCGAUCUCGGCUUUGAGCGCGCGCCGUUCAAGAUGACCAACGAGAUGGCGGAGCUGAUGGGCGGGAAGAACUCUGAGCACUUUGCACUCUUCCGCGAGCUGGUUGUCAAGGCAUACCUGGCGGUGCGCCCGUUGGCGCCGACGGUGGUGGCGCUCUUUGAGCUCCUCUCCGAGACUGGGCUCCUCUGCUUCAAGCCGGGCCUCCUCCCUCUCCUCCUCGACCGGUUCAAGCCGCAUCUGAGCGAGGCGCAGGCCGCGGCGUAUGCGUCCAAGCUGGUGGACGACUCGUUCGACAUCACCACGUAUCUCUACGACAAGCUGCAGAACAUCCAGAACGGGAUUGCGUUCUACAAGUAA